UAAGCCUUCAGAACGUGGCAUUUCCGUCGGCCGUUUGUCAUAUUUAGCCAUUAAUUAUGCAGUCGUACUAUUGUUGAUUCCCAGCCCAAGCCAGCCAGCUGCGUUGGUUCUUCAGCCUUGUUUGGGUUGCCACACACCAUCGCCACUCUCGCCAUAUAUACGAGCAAGACUUACAGAAAACUUACACUGGACAAUGGAUACCCUUUAGCUAAUGUUUUCGAAUAUUAAUACCGUGCUUAAAACGCUAAGUAUUUAAUCUGACCAAUGGGUAUGGGAUAACCUAAUGCACGGAUGCAGACAUCACCAGUGUCGGCGCCACCAAGAGGCUGAAAGAAGACACCAUUCUGCGCAGCCUCAUGCGCAGCCGGUUUCCUAUUUGCGUAAGGUGCGCUGAUCUUCGUGUACUUAUGAAAGCGAGCCUACCCUCUCCAAUCUCAGGCGCACUGAAUCUCCCUUCGCAGACAAUAAUUCACCAACAAGAUGCCAGCACAGCCGUAUCGAUCACCACGAUGUCAAAAUUGUCGAGAGAAGAAGAAGGGUGCAUGUUCAGCGACUGUCGCGAGACAGUAAUAGAUCAACUACUAAUCGGUAUCUAGUGCGACUACCAGCGCCCAUCCUGUGGCCGAUGUAUCAAAGCAAAGCACAUAUGCAAAGGCUAUCAGGCACGAUUUCAGAUCAUCCAUGUUGAUGCUGAACCACCUGCUCCCCUUGUGGUGCCUUCAGCAUAUACCAAACUGGUUCCCGAAUAUCGCGCCGCACUUUGGUCGAAGUUCCAGGCUAGAUAUCUUCCAUCAACACCAGGGUUCGUAGGUGAUGUAUUUUCAUGGGUAUCAGCCAUGGAUAAGACGCGUGAAAAUACUGCCACGAUCAAGCUGGCGGCAGCAGCACUUCCACUAAUUCUUGUCGGCCAGCAGCAAAGCAAUCGUGCCAUGCUUCAGGAUGGCUUAAGGUCGUAUAGCCGAGCAAUGAAUCUCCUAGCGAGAGAUAUCCAGGCUCACCAAACGCCAAAGCAAAUGAUUCAAAGCAUUCUAGCAUGUGUUGCGAUGCAAAACAUUGAGCUGAUGCACACAGAGCCUAUUUGCACAAACACUUGGCUCGCCCAUACUAUCGGCAUCUGCAGUUUGAUGUCACGCACCGACCCCCGCCUCUUCCAAGAUGAGCUUCACUCUAUCUUCUUGCUUUGCCGAACAUUGAUUACCACUGUAGCCUUGUGCGUAGGAGUCCCAACAUUCUUUAUGCACGAACCUUGGGCAUCAGUUCCGUUUGAAAAGGUCUCAAAAGAUGUUCAUACUCAGCUCUUCGAUGUCAUGGCACAACUUCCUGGUCUAUUGGCGCUUGCUUCUCAGUUCGGAGACAUCGACAGGAGCAGUGCACAGUUCGUGACUGCGGAAGUGAAGCUCAUUAAAUGGCAUGCCGCAGUCUAUGAAGGACUGGUAUCUUGGCAUGCUCGCCUAGAUUCGACUUGGAAGCAGACUUUUACACGGACCAAGAGCGCCUAUUGGCCUGGUUCAGCCAUUACAUUCACGACUGCUGGCCAUGCCAACGUCUGGAUUCAAUAUUGGACGGCGUUGUUGACAUUACAUCUUGCUGAGGCCCGAGCUGCACCAUAUUCUACUUACUUUGCCAGCUGUGUGGAUGUUGAGACCGGUGCUAAGGUUGCCGAGGACAUUUGUGCAUCAGAGGGAUAUCUCACGGCACCACAACACGGCGCCAUGUCCACAAUGUUUUAUGCGGUGCCUUUGAAGAAGGUGAUGCGAUUUUAUGACGCCCAUGCCAUGGAUGACGAGAAGCAGAUGGUGCUGGAGGUGGCUAUACGGACAACCGAGACGGGAUUGGCGAUAACGAAGGCGAUUAUUGAUGAGAUUCCACGAGAUCAUCCGGUAGUGAGGAUAUUUGAAAAGGUGGUCGGUACCAUCCCGGCCACAGUGCAUACAUAGCUAGAACGUUCUUUUUGUGUAACCUCGUACAUUCUAUUCUGGAUUUGUCAAACAAGUCGCAUAUGUUGCCUCGUCUCCGCCAAUCCGAGUUCCGGUUACGGUGCUUUUUCGCCAUUGUGUCGC